GCAAGCAAUUUCCUUACCUUCCAUUCAAACCCUGGCUGCUAACAGUUCACAAUUUAGAAGCACACAGAGACCACAAAAAGAAGGAGGAAAGAAGAUGUAAAAAAACAAACAAAAAAAAUGCUUAGUAGAACAGAAAAUACCCAUCUCCUGGAGCACAUGCUAUCUAGCAAUAUGAGCGAAUGCAUCAGUCCUGGAGAAUAAGAGUUUAACUAGAAGAAGCUGUAUCUGAAAGAGCUGACAAUGAGUGAAUGUGGCCAGGGCUCGAGUGAAAAUGCUACAAAAUGCGGCACUCAGGUUAUGGAUAUUCAGUGCUUUCUGAUUCUGAACAGCACCUCUCAGAAAAUCUUCAUUGCUGUGCUUUGUAUCGGAGCGGGAGCUUUGUGCAUUCUGGAGAAUACUGUGAUUCUCUGCAUGAUAUGGACCUCUUCCCAUCUCAGGAGAAAACCCUCUUAUAUUUUCCUCAUGAGUUUGGCUCUAGCUGACUUCCUAGCAAGUAUGGUCUUCUCCUACAGCUUUGUGGAUUUUCACGUCUUCCAUGGAGCAGGUACACAUGCUGUCUUCUUGUUCAAACUUGGUGGAGUCACUGCAUCUUUUACAGCCUCCCUUGGAAGUUUACUCCUCAUGGCUUUUGACAGAUAUGUUUCUAUUCACAAACCAUCUAUGUAUAAAGCUAAGGUGACCAGAAAAAGGGCAUUGCUGGCUUUGGCUGGUAUGUGGCUAAUCACAAUGUUUAUUGCAUACUUACCUCUUAUGGGUUGGAAUUGUUGUCAACUUGACACUUCAUGUUCCGAACUUUUCCCCUUAAUAAGCAACAACUAUUUGGCAAGCUGGAUAAUUCUUGUGGUUGUUCUUCUUACUUUAAUAAUCUAUUCUUAUGCACACAUCCUCUGGAAAGCGCACAAGCAUGCUGUUUAUAUGGAGCAACACAACAUGCAGUCUGGACGAGGACAGGCUCGGCUAAGGCUGGACAUCAUGCUAGCAAAAACAUUAGCUUUGGUUUUACUUGUCCUUGUCAUUUGCUGGUCACCAGUUCUCAUUCUUAUGAUGCACAGCUUGUUAUUUUCUCUAGACAGAUCUAUUAAGACUAUAUUUGCCUUCUGUAGUACUCUUUGUCUGGUCAACUCCAUGGUGAAUCCAAUGAUUUAUGCUUGGAGAAGCAGAGAAUUACACCGUAAAUUAAUCAAAGGAUUCCAAAACAUUAAGCAACUGCUAAGGGUUACAGGAACUGAUCCAGAGGAAGAAGGAGCCCAGAAAAACUCUGGACUUGACACUGUAGGUGAUGAGACUCUUUGUGACACUGAAAUUAGUCAAUAGAAGUACCAAAUAGCAAAUCUGAAUAGACCUGAAUGUGUUCAACUGCACUGAGUCACAUGUGGCUAAAUUUCAACUAUAGUAAAUUGUACAAGAAUAGGCAUCCAUUGUUACACCUGAUGUAGCAGGACUGUAGUACCCAGAAGCAGUCCACAUGCUUAUCUACUACAGGCAUGCUGAAUGUUGUUGUUCAUCACUGUCUAUUCCUGGCCUAGAACUUAUACUUUAAAUAUACUUCUGGUAAAUGAUAAA